UCUCGGAAAUCCAAUGGUGAUCCCGUUGUCAUGGUCCCCGUCAGCAAAAGCCACCAAGUUAAUCGACACUAACAUCGUCGCGUGGCUAGCCCAUGUGUGGAGGUUUGGGUGGAAGCUUUUGCUUAAUCGUGGCUGAUCCUGGUCUUCUUUCAACAAGCUGAGAGGCAUUGGUAGAAACUUAGCGGUCAACUAUGGCUGCUUAUAUCGGUUCUACUCCCCUCUGGGAGAGUGACUUUUCAACCACAUACAAUAUCACAUCCCAUGGCCAUGGCUUCAGGUGUGGCACAGCAUACGGAUUAUUCAAAUUCGACUUCGUCGAAAGGGGCUGUGGUUAUCAUUAUCACGGUCAUUUUUUCGGCACUGAGUUUCCUGUUCGUUGGUUUACGAUUAUGGGCAAGAAGGCUUAGAAGGUCGACUCUAACGGUCAACGACUUUAUGAUAAUGGCUGCUCUGGUUUUCCAAGUAGGAGAAAUGGCGGUUCUUAUCCUUGGCACUCGAUCAGGCGGCAUCGGGUACCACGCCUCGAUGUUAUCGUCGAAUAAAAUGAGUUAUUUGAUGAAGAUCUACAUGGCUGUCGAGCCUCUUUGGAUAUCGUCGAAUUCCUGUGCGAGAAUAUCCAUGAUACAUCUAUAUAUUACCACAUUCCCUUCGAGACGGUUCUUGGUCACCGCAUAUACAGUGGCUGCACUCGUUGUGGCCUGCUGGGUGAGCACAAUUAUCCGCAUGUGUCUACUCUGCUCUCCCCUCGCAUAUAUUUGGGAUAAGUCUAUACAGGGUGGACACUGCAUCAACAUCCGUGCGUCAUGGAUCAGUGUUUCUAUUAUUGACUUGGUCCUCAAUGCCAUCAUUCUCAUUAUACCCAUUCCCAUGCUCCGGCAUCUACGACUACCUGGAACAAAGAAGAUGGCCCUGGGUAGCGUCUUCUUGUUUGGAUCUGCGGUCUGCGUAAUAGCAGCUCUACGAAUCGUUUCCAUCGCUCAACUCAAUACCGCAGAUAUGUCUUACAGCAUAGUCUACCACGCCAUCUGGAGUGCUCUCGAACCGUGCUUAAGCAUCAUUGCUGCUUGCCUUCCCGUCCUACAACCCAUCCUAUCGAAACCAAUCCGCCGCCAAAGUUGUUACGGACUGUCAACCGAAUCUAAUACUGAAUCUGGGACGCUCUCCCAAACUCAUCUCCGAUCCCAUCACAGAAUUGCCUCGAUCGAAGUCAGGAAUAACGCAUUCCGCCCACUCACUGCAAACACGGGGAUAUUUCCUCCCCCUACAAACAUCUGUUCCGUUCAGCCGAAACAAGACAUCGACUCAGAGGCAAAUAGUAUGUUCCAGCGCCAAAUGGAAAAUCUACAAGGCAUCCUCGUCACGCAGGACUGGGACGUGCGCACAUUGAAGGAAGCAGAUUCGCCCAGAACACGAUGAUCAUCCAUUUAUUUCUUCUGGUGUCCGCGUUGAUUUCUUUUUAGCCCUGUUAUUCGCGCACUUGAUACCCUCUACUAUGCAUAUAGAACGGAACGGCGUUAUAUUGUUUUUUUUUUGUCCUUUUUACUUGAGUGGUGGGGAGGUAUAUGGAAAAUAGGUACCUACUUGGGCUUUUGGUUUCAUGCAUGGGUCAGGUUACAUUUGCAGACAGGAUACGAGAAAAGAUAUCUUUUCCAUGAAAUUACAUUUGCUUUGCUCAGAAAUACGAUAACCAGUGGUCAUCGCUGCUUGCAUACCUGACUCGGGUAUGGAGAGAAUCAUCGAAUCCGAAAUUGGGGGCCAAAUAGUUAGGUAGGUAGGUACCUAAAACCCGAUAUUUCUUCUAGACGAUGUCUUAGCAGAAAGCCUAAAAACUCUAUCUAUCUAUCUGCUAUCAGCCCUGAUAUAGAGUAUUCGAAUAUCUAUCGAA